AAUUUACGGAGAUACGACUGACCCACGUUGAAAUCAAACGAAAUCAAACCUCUUUUGUAACUUUUCUUCUCCUUUAUCUUCUUCAUUCCUUCUCUGAAACUUACCUCUUAAACAAUGUCUAUUCCUGUCACUCACGAAGAAAUAGAUCAAGAGAUUGAAAGGUUCCAAGCCAAGAGACAGAGGAUUGAACAAGAGCUGAAUGGCCAGCAGCAAAGCAGCAAGAUUGGUUUUGGUUCUCAAGGACAUUUCGACAAGGACUUAUAUGCACCAGCUGGGAGCAAGUACGAGGGAUUUGUGACUUCAAUUGGCACCAAUGAUGAUGAGGAUGAAGAUGAUUCUGGCACUACUCCAGCCCACACACAGUAUCAUGCUACUGAAGACCUCAUCCAAGAAGCUGCUACAGCUGGAGAAGAUUAUUCGUAUGAUCCAAUGAAAGAUUAUCAGAAGAAGAAGAUAUACGACCGCCAUGAUGAGUACCACAUGAGACAGAUGCGUCACAUGAUCAUAUCCCCGGCCAGACCAGACCCUUUUCUUGAAGGGGGAAAAACUCCAGACCCAAAAGCUAGGACAUACACUGAUGUCAUGAGAGAACAAUCAUUAAAGAAACAAGAGUUUCAAGUGAGAGGGAAGAUUGCUGAAAUGAAAGAGAGUGGUACAUUACCAGCAGCUGCCUCUACUAGUAGGAAGAGACGGUGGGACAAGCAAUCAACGGAGGAGGAUCAGUCUAGCAAGAAGUCGGCCUGGGACCAGGAGACCACACCCUCUCAGUCUCGCUGGGACGAGACCCCGGGGCAAUUGAAGGGGAGUGAAACACCUGGAGCAACACCUUCCACUCGCAUGUGGGACGCCACACCCAGUUACACCCCUGCUGCUGGAUCCACCACUCCUGCUACUCCAGGAAGGCGGAGUCGAUGGGGUGAAACCCCUCGCUGGGGGGAAACCCCUCGUGCCGAUGGUAGUGAGACCCCUGGACGUGGGGGCACUUCUGGUUGGGGCGAGACUCCUCGUGCCGAUAGAUCAGGGGGCGGGGGUAUUCUGGACACGCCCAGUAGCAGCAAGAGGAGGUCACGCUGGGACGAGACACCAGUCAGCCAGCGUCAAGGGGGUGGGGUCACACCUCAGAUGACCACGCCCUCUGUGAUGGGAGCAACUCCUAAUUUUUCAGGGAAAACUCCGGCUGGAAUGAUGGCUAUGGGAAUGCAGACACCAUCAGCUGCUCAAUUAAGUUCAAUGACUCCAGAGCAGGUCCAGGCCUGGCGAUGGGAGAAAGAGCUUGAUGAGCGGAACCGCCCACUCUCUGACGAUGAACUGGAUAUUCUCUUCCCUCAGGAAGGAUACAAGAUAUUGGCCCCUCCCUCUGGGUACCAGCCUAUCCGUACACCGGCUCGUAAACUGACUGCCACUCCCACUCCAAUGGGCAUGAGUGGAUUUCAUUUUCAAGUGGAGGAAAAUAAAGUGACAGUGGUUGAGUCCCUCCAGCCCUCCGGUGCUAACAUGCCUUUCAUGAAAGUUGAAGACACUCAAUAUUUCAGUAAACUCUUGGAGGACAUUGAUGAGGAGGCACUCCCUGCAGAGGAACAGAAGGAGAGAGAGAUCAUGAGAAUGCUCCUCAAGAUUAAGAACGGGACCCCUCCGAUGAGAAAGUCUGCCCUGAGGAAGAUUACAGACAGGGCUAGGGAAUUUGGUGCUGAUGCUUUGUUCAAUCAGAUACUGCCUUUACUAAUGUCACCCACUCUUGAAGACCAGGAGCGUCAUUUGCUAGUCAAAGUUAUCGAUCGUGUUCUCUACAUGGAUGAUCUUGUUAGACCUUAUGUCCACAAGAUUCUUGUUGUCAUUGAGCCCCUAUUGAUCGAUGAGGAUUACUAUGCUCGUGUGGAGGGAAGAGAGAUCAUCAGUAAUCUUGCUAAAGCUGCUGGUCUUGCUACAAUGAUAUCAACCAUGAGGCCAGACAUUGAUAACAUGGACGAAUACGUCAGGAACACGACAGCAAGAGCAUUUGCUGUAGUAGCUUCUGCCCUAGGUAUACCCUCUCUCCUUCCUUUCCUCAAAGCCGUCUGUCGGAGUAAGAAAUCCUGGCAGGCCAGGCACACCGGUAUCAAGAUCAUCCAGCAGAUUGCUAUACUAAUGGGGUGUGCUGUCCUUCCUCACCUUCGCUCACUGGUUGAGAUAAUAGAGAAUGGACUGAAGGACGAACAGCAGAAAGUGAGGACCAUUACUGCUCUUGGCAUUGCUGCACUGGCUGAGGCUGCCACUCCUUACGGUAUUGAGUCUUUUGACUCUGUUCUAGUACCACUGUGGACUGGCAUAUGGAAUCAUCAAGGAAAGGGUCUUGCUGCUUUCUUAAAGGCCAUUGGUUAUCUUAUCCCAUUGAUGGACUCUGAAAUGGCCUUUAGGUACACACAGGAGGUGAUGGUUAUACUGAUCAGACAGUUCCAGAGUCCUGAUGAGGAAAUGAAGAAGAUUGUGUUAAAAGUAGUGAAGCAGGUGUGUACUACUGAUGGUGUUGAGAUCCAUUACAUCAGGGAGGAAGUCCUACCUCAUUAUUUCAAACAUUUCUGGAAUCAACGAAUGGCAAUGGACAGGAGGAACUUUCGCCAAUUGGUAGAUACUACUGUGGAGAUUGCUAAUAAAGUGGGAGGGGCAGAAAUUGUCAGUCGGAUUGCUGACGAUCUAAAGGACGACAACGAGCCGUUUCGUAAGAUGGUCAUGGAUUGCCUUGAAAAGGUUAUGAAUAAUUUAGGAGCUGCUGACAUUGACUCAAGACUUGAAGAACAACUGAUUGAUGGAAUACUCUAUGCCUUUCAAGAACAGACCAAUGAAGAUGUAGUCAUGUUGAAUGGUUUUGGUGUUGUAGUCAAUUCCCUUGGUAUGAGGGUUAAGCCGUACUUGCCUCAGAUUUGUGGGACGAUUCUCUGGAGGCUCAACAACAAGGCGGCUAAAGUCAGACAGCAGGCAGCUGACCUUAUAUCAAGGAUUGCUAGCAUCAUGCACACCUGUGGAGAGGAGAAACUCUUGGGUCAUUUGGGUGUUGUGCUUUAUGAGUAUCUCGGUGAAGAGUAUCCUGAAGUGCUAGGCAGUAUACUGGGAGGAUUAAAAGCAAUCGUUAAUGUUAUUGGUAUGACGAGGAUGACUCCACCCAUCAAAGAUCUACUACCACGCCUCACCCCUAUACUAAAAAACAGACAUGAAAAGGUUCAAGAGAACUGUAUUGACCUUGUUGGUAGGAUUGCUGACAGAGGGGCUGAGUUCGUACCUGCUAAGGAGUGGAUGAGGAUUUGUUUUGAAUUACUGGAGCUACUCAAAGCACACAAGAAAGCUAUUAGACGUGCCACAGUCAACACUUUUGGCUACAUUGCUAAGGCCAUUGGCCCUCAAGAUGUUUUGGCAACUUUACUCAAUAACCUCAAGGUGCAAGAGCGUCAGAAUCGUGUCUGUACAACGGUAGCCAUUGCCAUAGUUGCUGAGACUUGUGCCCCGUUCACUGUCCUCCCUGCCCUCAUGAACGAGUAUCGUGUCCCUGAGCUCAACGUUCAAAAUGGCGUCCUCAAGUCCUUGUCAUUUCUAUUUGAGUACAUCGGAGAGAUGGGAAAGGACUACAUAUAUGCUGUGACACCAUUACUUGAAGAUGCUCUAAUGGACAGGGAUCUGGUCCAUAGACAGACAGCCUGCUGGGCAGUGAAACACAUGGCACUGGGUGUCUAUGGGUUUGGAUGCGAGGAUGCUCUUGUUCACCUCAUGAACUGUGUCUGGCCUAAUAUAUUUGAGACUGCUCCACACAUGAUGCAGUCCUUCCAUGAUGCAACUGACGGUAUGAGAGUCUCCAUUGGUCCCGUGAGGGUCCUGCUAUACACACUACAGGGCUUGUUUCAUCCUGCUCGCAGGGUCAGAGAGGUCUAUUGGAAGGUGUAUAAUAAUCUGUACAUUGGCUCACAGGACUCUCUUGUAUCAGGCUAUCCUAGGAUUCUAAAUGAUGAACGAAAUCAUUAUGUUCGUGAUGAAUUGGAUAUAUUCCUCUGAAUUCAGCUUUCUCAUUGUUCUCGUAUAACUUUCUAUACUGAUACAAUAUACUGUACAGCCUUGUGCUUUUACCCACCUGGAAAUAUUCUCACGGAACACUUUCAGUGUGGAAAUUCAUUUUUUCUGCAAUGCUGCACUACCACAAGUACUUACCACUAAUGUGUAUUGUUGUUGUUAUUGUUGUUGUUUAUUUGAUGAUGAUAAGUUAAUUUAUUAUUAUUUGCAUUUUGGUGUGUCAGCAGAGUUCUCUUUAAA